GAAUAGACUUGAAGGGGGCAGUUUCUCUUGGAAAACCUGGGAGGAGAUAUGGCUGUAACUGGGGAUGAGACAGAAUCAGGCAGCACAGGUGACAUGUCUGCCUACCAGCUGCGUAACCCCAGCUCCAGCCUCCCCCAGGGGGUGACGAUCAAUGCUGCCCACAGCUCCCAGCAGCCAGUUGAGGACGCCUCGCGAAAGAGGGAGCUGCGUCUGAUGAAGAACAGGGAGGCUGCCCGGGAGUGUCGGCGAAAGAAGAAGGAAUAUGUCAAAUGCCUUGAAAACCGCGUGGCUGUACUUGAAAAUCAAAACAAGACUCUGAUUGAAGAACUUAGAGCCUUAAAAGACAUCUAUAGACACAAAGUUGAAUAAUUGCCAUGAUUUGAGGAGGACUGGAAGAGUGUGUGGAUUACAGACCACUUGUAUGGGGUCCCUUGGAGAAUAGUUUUGUUUAUACAGACAAACACACAAACACAUACACAAAUAGCAUGCAUAGAUGCACGCACAUAGAGACAAAACACUCCUUGUCCCUGCUGUUAAUUGUGUUUACAUGAUGAUGUCAGUGUUUCUGGCUCUGAAUCUCCAUGUGCCACCAACAGAAAAACCAACAGUGUUUUUUUUAGGUCAGAAUUGCUGCCAGUGAAUAUCAUGAGGAGCUUCUGUCCCUUUGUACAGGCAGGCUGCCAAAGCAUGCAGGCAGAGGAGCAAGGAGUAUGUGAGGAGGCUGCAAGCACGCGUUGUAGCUCUGGAGCAGGAGAAUCAGAAACUGAAGGAAGAACUGCACCUCCGUGACAUGCAUGGUGUGAAGUCAGAGCAGGACUUCAUACACCGUGUAUAGAUAUGCUACAACGCCCUCGCUACUGAUGUCACUAUCACUAGCCUGUAUUUAGCAUUCCUGUAUCAUUAAAGACAGUAUCAGUUGAUAGCUUUUUUUGACGGCCUAUCUUCCCAGGCCAGUAACUUUCCAUACAGCUGUCAUGAUUUAGGUUUGAUCAGGGAAAAUGCUGCCAGAAGCCAAAUGUUCAAAGGGAACCAGAGCCUCAGGGCCUCACAUAGCAAGGUGUAUUU